UAUAUCUCCAGAGAAAACGAUAUAUAAAGAAGAGAAGACACAUUGUAGCCUUUUUUUCUUCACUACCGAGAGGAGCAGCAGGGAGAACUAGAGAGAGAGGUAGCUAGGAUUUCAAAUCAGACGAAAAAAUGACAUUCAAGUAUCAUCAAUAUCAGGUUGUGGGAAGAGCACUACCCACUGAAAAGGAGGACACUCCUAAGAUUUACAGGAUGAAGCUUUGGGCAACCAACGAAGUUCGUGCCAAAUCUAAGUUUUGGUACUUUUUGAGGAAGCUUAAGAAAGUUAAGAAGAGCAAUGGACAGGUUUUGGCUAUCAAUGAGAUUUAUGAGAAGAGCCCAACCAAGAUCAAGAACUAUGGUAUCUGGUUGCGUUAUCAGAGCAGAACCGGUUACCACAACAUGUACAAGGAGUACCGUGACACUACUCUUAAUGGAGGUGUGGAACAGAUGUACACCGAGAUGGCUUCCCGUCACAGAGUUAGGUCUCCAUGCAUCCAGAUCAUCAAAACUGCCACCAUCCCUGCUAAGCUUUGCAAGAGAGAGAGCACAAAGCAAUUCCACAAGAAGGACAUCAAGUUCCCAUUGGUAUUCCAGAAGGUCAGACCACCAACCAGGAGAUUGAAGACCACAUACAAGGCAACAAGACCCAACUUGUUCAAGUAAGCACUUCGUUAGGCCUCGCGAGUGUCUGAAGUAGUAGAUUAUUAGACUCAGCUGGUGAACUUGCAAAAGAGAGUUAGUUUGGGCUAAGAACAUCUUUUUUGUGGGUAGAACCUUGUUUACUUUUGUUUCAGUUUUGUUGGAGGCUUGGAAUUCAGUGGAUGAUUAAAAGUUCUUACAUGGAUGUUAAUUUUGACUACAAGACUUCAGUUCCAUUGGGUUUCACUAGUAUUCUGUUAUAGAUCUUAUUUUAUAGAUUUCAUGUUUGCUGUUUAUUCAUGUUGUGUUAUUAUAAAUUCAGAGUUGGUGCA